GAGCAAAGCCGCAUGAAGCUGACCCCACUGAAGAGGUUGCAGAAGAAUGACUCACGUGUGGCAUCCCCCUCUGUGCAGUCUCCUGGCGGCCCGUUUGCUGUUCGCAGCUCCUCCUUCCAGCUUGUUGGCUUCACUCACCUUAACAUUUCUACACUCACCAGGAAUGCUUGGACACUUGAAAAGGUCCCUUUUUCCUCACCAUUGGAUGGCCAUCUGCUGAUGAGCGUGAGUUGUAGCUUUGAGGGAGGCAUCACAGAGCGAGGCUUCCUCACGAUGUUUGAGGAUGUUGGGGGCUUUGGUGCUUGGAACAGAAGGUGGUGUGUCCUUAGCGGAAUGCACCUUCGAUACUGGAGAUAUCCAGAUGAUGAGACCAAGAAGGAUGCCAUUGGACAGAUCGAUCUACGUAGAUGCACAACACGGCGUGUAGAGCUUGUGGCAAGAGAUGUUUGUGCCCGUCAGCAUACCUUCCAGUUGACCUGCGUGCGUCCUGCUUACAGUGGGGAUAUUAAUAAUCUUGUUCAAGAGAUUCAUGGUUCUGCUCUUGUUAGCAAGUUGCUCUUGUCUGCAGACAGCAAGGAGGAGAGAAUUCUGUGGUGCAACAAGCUUAACAAGGCUUUGGCUAACAUCAGGGCUUGGGAUCCUGAUGCUCUUAGGCCAGAGGAUUACCAAGUAUAAUGGCCACAUCUCUUUAAGGAUAUUUGCAGCUUAAAUAACAAAAAUUUGCUUUUGAAAAAAAAAAAAAAAAAAAAAACUAAUUUCUUGGGCCAAAUGAUUAGAUUUAGAACAGUAGGUACUUAUUUUUAUUUGCCAAUUUGACAGUUUUCAUUGACAGGAAAGUGAGUGCCUUGCCAAAUUUCUUGAUGUUUAUAUAAAACUUAUUACCUGAACGUGAUAGGAAACACAUUAGUUUAUGAUGGAAUAUAUAUAUAUUUUAUAGCAGAGAUGCUUUUUAUGAACAUAUUUCUUCUUUUCAUAGUGUGCUUUCAUAUGCUUUAUUACAAUGAUUUACUUUUAUUGUAGUGGGAUUUAUUUAUAUUUAAAUAUGUAGUAUAUGUUACUAAUCACAUGUCUUAUCAGUUUCUGAAUAAUGGCAAACUAUCCAAAGGAAUAUUUGUUGAACACAUCUGUGCUUGCAUUGAACAUGCAGAAAUGAGCAGUGAUGAUUCAGUAAUAAUGUUCUUUUGUAUGAAUAACUUAUCCUUGACUUUGCAAAGUAAUUCAUACCUCACUCCUCUCUAGCCAUACAUUUUGAUUACAUUGAGGCAGUACAGUAUGCAUUUUAUACUUUUGGGGUGCAGGAUUUUGAAUUUUUGAAAGAGAUUCUAUAUAGCCUUAUAAACUAGAUAUUUUUCUAUGGGAGUGCUGACUAAAUAUUGAAGAUUACAUGGGGAUAACUUUCCUCCAGUUUAUUUAUAACAUCGUCUUUGUAGGUCUAUAGCAUCCCUUAUACAGUCUGUCCUAUUGUAAUAAAACAGUAGCAAAAACAGGAGUUUACUUGAAAUGUCCUCUCUUAUAACCUGAUUAAUUUAACAAAGUUCACCAUCAAUUUAUUAGACUGUUAAGGUAUUUUUUGUGGGGGUGGCUUCCUAAGCUUCUAAUCCUCAGGACCCCUAGGAUGUUCUUAGGGUUACAUGAGCAUUUGAAAAAGUAAAUAAAUGUAAAAACAGAGAUUUUGUUCAUUUUUAAUAAGUGUAUGUAUGCUGAAGUGGCUGGCUAGGGCUUGAGUUGACUAACAGUAAUUUUUGCUAUAUACUUCUAGUUGGACACUGAGGGUUCCAGGCCACAGAAAUUCUGGUAUUUAGUUAUGCACUCCUCAAAUUUGUGCAUGAUAUUGUGGAGGGUGUGACAAGGGCAGUGAUUCAGUAAUUCCCAAGGGAGGUGCAAACCAUAGCAUACAGGACCUUACCUGCUCAAAUAAGGAAUGUCCUGAAUGUGGCUAUCAAGGUUGUCAACUUUAUCAAAGGUAGAGCCUUUAACAGUUGUCUUUUCAAACUGUUGUGUAUGGAUAUGGAAUCUGAAUCAAUGAAGCCUUGCUUUUUCACACAAAUAUGUGAUGGCUAUUAAAGGGGAACAUGCUCAGAUGGCUUUAUGAAUAUCAGAAAUAACAUUUCUAGAGUUGAAGCAGAAGGCAAAUCACCAUGACAAGUUCCAAUUCAAAGGCAUUCAGCUAUCUAUCUCUAUCUUACCUGGUGGACAUCUUUGAAACUGAAUGCUCACACCUCAAACUACAAGGGAAAAUCAUCUAUAUUCUCAGCACCACAACAACAUUCAAACCUUCAUGACCAAACUCACCCUCUGGAAAUGUCAAAUUCAGUAGGGAAAGACAGCCAGUUUGCCUUCUGCUCUCAUUCACAAUAACCUAGAUUCUAAGUCAAAGAAACAAAUAAUGACUCCUCUAACUGAUUUGAAAACAGAAUUCAUCAGCAACCUCCCAAAUGUAGAUGAGAAGAGUGAAGCCUGGAAAUUCAUCAGGAACCCAGCUCAAUGUAAAGCAGUUGAUGUUUUUGAUGGAGUGCAAGAGAUACUUUCUUGAGCUGAAAUUGACCUCUACAGCUAAGAAAUGUUUUAAAGAAUUGCAUCUUGAGAUGCUCUGAGUCAAAUACCAAAUAGAGGGCAGCCAGCUGUGGAGCGACAGUGUUUAGCAGGGUGGCCAGACUCUCCGCAAAUAUAAACUUCAUAGAGGAGGUUAUGUCUAAGGAAGCUAAUCUAGUAAUAUUGGUGUAGGAAUUCGGUGGCCACUUGGAGGAAUAGUGUAGCAUUGUACUGCUUCUGCAUCAUAGGCAAUGAGGCAAGCAAGUAGAUCGUUUUCAUAGUGGCCAAUCCUUGCCAUAGGAAGGGCAAUGAAAGGUGGACAGGCAGGAUGUCAGCAUGUACAAACAAUGUCUGUGAGAGUCCUUCAGAGUUUGGCUUCUAUGUGUCAUUAAACCACCCAUAUAAACCUUG